AUGAAGAAAGAAAAACGGGACUGUUACAGGAAGGUAAAAACACAGAUUGAAGAGGAAUGGAAGGAAACAGAUAUUUUAAGGUUAGUAACGCUGUACAUGCAUGAAAUAAUAGUCAUUCACCUAAAAAGUUAAAUCAUGUCAAAUUUGUUACACCUAGGUGUUUUGGUAAUAGACAGUCAUUGAAGUCGCAUCAGAAAGAUCGUCUAGCGCAGGCGUUUGAGCCAAGACUGAGUCCAGAACAUUCACAGGUACCUGAAACAAAAAGAAGUCCUUUUGGGAUAUUUGACAUAAGGACUAUAACAUCACCAACACGAAAGGAGAAAUUGCAGCAAAUGGCGGCCAGAUUGUGAAAGAGUGGUUGAAAUCGGUUGGUGUCAAACACAGGGUGAUUCAAACAAUACAACACUGAUUCAGAUGGUCCACGCAUUCGAUGAAAGAAGAGGAGAGGCCUAGGAGGGGAGAUACCUAUACCAACGCCGGUAACAAAUGCAUCUCUGAAAAAACAACUGCACGAAAAAAUUAUGCAGAAUGAGUAUUCAAUAGGAAAACUAAUUGUUCCAUAGAGUGGAACCUAAUAUUUUUAUAUGUUCUAUCCACUAGCAUUAAACUGGUAGACAAGUAUUGGUGAUUUUCACAUAUUAAUUCCCAUGUCGGUGUAAAAAUCCAUUUAAAACGAAGAAAAUCCAUUGAAUAUUUAUUCUGAGGGUACUAUUUACCAACAUUGGUUCUUUAAUAUGACGUGAAAAAUAUCAGUAUAUGGUUCAAUCUGCCCUGAAAUUGUACACUUAUCAAAUCAUGUACCUUAAGGUUAUCUUGCUCUAUACUAAUGCCUCAUGAUUUACUCAUUAGUAAUGGUGGAGUGUUAGACGUGUUAGAUUCUUUGACAUUAACAUUGUCAUUCACUGGCUGUGCCUGAUACCAUUAUUUUACUAUCACUGUCUUUCACCUGACGAAACAACAUGGGCUUUCAAGACCAGGCAACUCAAUCUACAGUAGUAAUAACUGCAGUUUAUGGGAAUGCAUUCAGUCUAUUAGGCACAAAAGUUUAAAGUUUUGAGGAACAUAAAGUUGUCAUAUACGGCAACCUUUAAUUCCCCUUCCCCGAAUAUUUCACAAAGUGUUUGCCGCAGAGUAUAUAUUAAGUUUGUCUAUCAUGCCAGAUGAUUUGUACAGAAGUCUCUUUUUUAUUUUCAGUAUGAAAAGUUGACACUUAAUGACGAUGGUAUGAUUGUUCAAAGUGAGUUUGUGGUAGAAGGUCAAAAGCAACCUUUGACUGUAAUAAGAGAGAAUUUUUUGAAGUCCCAUGCCAAUUAUAUGAGAACGGUUACAGAUGAAGAGCUAUACAUGAUGUCAAAAGAACAAGUUAAAGAAAGAUUAGUUCAAGUUAAUGCUGUGUUCUCAGACUUGGAUGAUGUAGAUGCAUUAAAAGCAAAGCUGAAAGAUAUUUCACACACUUGUCAUCUAAAAAUAUAUGACCCAGCUUUAUUUUACACAAAUAAGGAGUUUGAAAUGAAGACCAAGAGAAAAGUUGACAUUCAAACAAUCGUAGAAUCACCUUAA